UACUCUUUUCUUAAACCUGCCCUAAUUUUAUCGCGCUCUCAUAAAUUCAGAGACACACAUAAAUGGCGGGAAGUUGAAAAGCUAUUAAGCAAGCAAACGCGCGUUUGUGGUUGUUCACUGUGAAGCGGAAAUGGGAUCUGAAGCUAUGGUUCCAGAAUGGGCAUCGGAGCCUUGCAUAAUGGGAAUCGACGAAGCUGGAAGAGGCCCUGUUCUUGGUCCCAUGGUCUAUGGCUGUCUAUACUGUCCUCUCUCCUAUAAGAAAACCCUAGCUACUUUGAGUUUCGCAGAUUCUAAGACUCUGAAAGAAGACAAGAGGGAAGAAUUAUUUGAAGCUUUGAAAGCCAAUGAUUCUAUUGGAUGGGCUGUUGAUGUUAUUGAUCCAAAGGAACUCUCUGCUAAAAUGCUCAAGAAGAAUAAGAUCAACUUGAAUGAGAUAUCACAUGACUCUGCUAUGGGACUCGUUGAUAGGGUACUCAAAAUCGGAGUGCUUCUAACCGAGGUUUAUAUUGAUACGGUUGGAGAUCCAGGGAAAUAUGAAGCAAAGAUGUCUAAAAAUUUUCCAUCUAUCAAAUUUGUGGUUGCUAAGAAAGCUGAUAGUCUCUAUCCUGUUGUCAGUGGUGCAAGUAUAGCUGCAAAGGUUACGAGAGACCGAGCUGUAAGAGAUUGGGUGCUCGAUGAGACCGCUGAUAAUAUGCUCAGGAACUUUGGCUCUGGAUAUCCGGGAGAUCCCACAACCAAGUCUUGGCUAGAAAAUCACAAACAUUCUAUCUUUGGUUUUCCAACAUUGGUCCGGUUUAGUUGGGGAACUUGCAGCACUUAUUUUAAAACUGGUGCUGAAGUUUUAUGGGAGUCUGACUUGGAUGAAGACGGCAACGGCAAUAAUAGUAAUGGCAAACGGCAAUUGAAAUUGAACAAUAUGGGUUUCACCACUUCCAAGAAGAGAAGUGAAGAAAUAGAAUCAAGUGGUAAAGGGCGUUCUAGGUUUUUUCAGGCCCGGAAACUUGAGCACCUUACUCAUUUCUGAAAAUGACGCCUAAUUGUAAUCUUUGCAUUAUCUAAGUUAUUUAUAGCUAUUUGAAAUUUAGAAUAUUGGAGAGCAUUUUGUGUAUAUACGCUUUCCUAUGAUGAUUCUCUCGUACUCGGUCUAACCAAUAUGUACUAUUGUGUUAAUUUAAUCAGUAUGAUUGAUGUAAGAUGAAUAUUAGUCCACUUUGGACAUCUGAAGUGAUUGGAUUAGUUAAAUUUA